GGAACUUUACGGGCGCGUGUGGAUGUUAUCCCACGUGACCGUGACCGUGACAAUGAACGCCCAUUGAGCUCAGCAAUAUUGAGUUUAGCAUGAAGCACAGUGAGCACGCCGCCAUCCUCAGCAUCGACAACAGCUUGACCGACUCAAUAUGUCGGACCCUCCUGUUACGUUCAAGAAGACAAAGGCGAAAAGAGCACAACGUGCUCGGGAUUUGGAGGCUGAUCCUACUUCCGAACCAGCAGCAGACACUGGGGAGGACUCGCCUAGCGUCCUUGCAACUAAACUCAAGAACAAGUUGAAAACACGUACUAAGCCCCAAUCGAGAUUGAGCUUUGGCGGGCCUGAGGAGGAAGGAGAUGUAGAGGAGUUUAAGAUCAAGAAAUCAAAGCUAAGCAAGAGGGUUACUCAUGUGUCGAGUCACAUACCAGCCGCCCCGUAUGCACCAACUAUCUCAACACCUUCUAGUGGAGGUCCGACGUAUAGUGCUGCCUAUCUUUCUGAGCUAAAAGCCGCAACACCGUCUGCCAGACCCGUGCUUCCCGAGGAUGAAAGCAUCUCGUAUGAUGCCGAUGUAUCUAUGUCGGAAGUCGAUACCUUCGUCGCUUCCUCCUCCAUUUCAAGUAUAGUGGAUUUGACAAUGGAGGAAAAGGAAACUAUCAUCCCGUCAACUUCCUCGAUUGAAGCCGUUAAACAGAAACGGGAGCACAUGAGGAAGACGGGGGUGAGCGAAGACUUCAUUUCGUUAUCUAUCACGAAGAGAGAGUCACAAGGGCCUCAUCCUAUGAGCCGGCUGAUGAGAGAAGAAGACGAAAUAGGUGAAGCUGAAGAUGAAUUUGCCGAGUACACUAGUGCGCAGGAGCGCAUAGCUCUGGGUAAGAAGUCUCGGAAACUGGAAGCAAAGAAAAAGCGAGAGGAGAUGAAUGAGUUGAUCGUUGAUGCAGAAGAGGAAGAUGAAGAGACUAUUGAAUGGGAACAAGCACAACUACGCCGAGGAGGUCACGCGUUCGAGGAACUAGAACCGAAAGCGCAGAAAGCGAUUUAUAAAGCAGCUGCUGUUCCUCAACCAACACCUAUCCCGACUCUCGGUCCAGCAAUCGCACGACUCACCCAAUCAUUAUCCAAUCUCACCUCCUCCCAUGCUCAACAUACGACGUCCAUGGCCUCACUUGGUGAAGAACAAACACAACUGGAGACGCGUGAAAAAGAGAUGCGAGACAUGAUCGCUAAGGCCGAGGAAAAGCGAAGUUGGUUUGUCGCAUUCAGAGAAUGGGUGGAGAGCGUGGCUACAUUCCUGGACGAGAAAUUCCCUUUGCUACAAGAGCUGGAAGACGAGCAACUGUCUCUUUUGCAAGAGCGUUAUGAUAUGGUCAACCAGCGACGACAAGCAGAUGAUGAAGAUGAUCUCUCCCUCUUCCUUGGAACGCUUCCAACCCCUCCUGCUCAGCAAGACCAGACAGAUGACCUAGGCCGUGUUGUGCCGCAAACCAGCCCAACCGUGGCUCGGAAGGAGCGUAUAUCAGCAAGAGAGGCACGUCGAAUAUAUCGUCGAGCGAAAGGUGUCCAUAGUCAAGAAGAAGAGGGAUAUUCGACCGACGCUACUCUUCCGCCUUCAGAUGCAGCGGACUAUGCCCUUGCGGUCGAAAAGUUGUUGGGUAAAGCGAAUGAGAUCGUGUCUGAUGUUGAAGCAAAGGAUUUUCUGGAUCCAAGGUUGGGUCUGGGCAAAUGGUUCGACGAUUGGAGGUCGAAGUUUGGUGACAUUUAUACGAGUGCUUUUGGCGGGCUUGGUAUGGUCGGUGCUUGGGAAUUUUGGACGAGGUUGGAGAUCUUGGAAUGGAACCCAAUGGAGACUACCAGGACCUUGGAUACAUUCACCUGGUACCAAUCGCUGCACGACUAUUCUAGACCUGGGCGAGAGGAAGACGAUAUGGAAUCGGAAGCCGAAUUAGGACCGGAUGGUGAUCUCGUCUCAGCGAUGAUCUCAACGGCGGUCAUCCCGCGGAUAUGCAAGAUCUUGGAAAAGGGUGGACUGGAUCCCUACUCUGCCAAGGAUGUUCGUAGGUUGAUUGACCUGUGCGAAGAAAUCGAGGUCUCUGUGCCAAAAGAGCACCUGAAGUUCGAGUUGCUUCUCAAAUCCGCGUUUAUCACAUUUCAGACGGCUGUCACUUCGAGCCAAACUACGGUAACAAAAUAUCUCCAACUCAAUCAACCGCGCUUCGAUCCAGAAGCUAUACCAGCUCGACGUCGAUUCCUCUCAAGGCGGUAUAAAUUAAUGGAUAACAUACUUCGUUGGCGAAAGUAUGCAGGGGAGAUGUACGGUCUCGGGCAAUUGGUCACGACGCUGGUGGCGGACGUGAUGCUGCCUGUUGCGGAGAGUGGGUGGGAAGUUGGUGGAGAAGACUCUAUGCGCAAGGUUUGUCGUAUUUUUUCAUCAGAUCCUCUUUCUCUGACACUGAUUCUUCCGCAGGUCUUGCAAGUACGUCCGCCGGAGUUGGUGCCGGUAGCGUUGAGAGCACGACUCAAUAUUAGAUGAGUAUAUUGCAAGUGGAUUAUCAUAGGGCUGUAUGUAUUGUAUUUCAUGAGCAGCUUGAACGCCACUGUACAAUGCACACCAUUCUUCUGUACUGAGGAGAACUUUAAGCACAAGGGUUUACGAAGAGCUAGCGUAAAUUGCGCAUCAGUCCGCCUAGGGUCUCAGUCUACGAGAUAUCCUGGUCAACGACGUGGAUUCUGGACCUCUGACAUUGUAUGUACUUCAUCAAGGGCUUUGAUACCACAAGACAGAUAUGUGCUGUUCCUCCGUAAAGUCUAAAAAGCAUAAAUUGUUCAAUGCGAA